ACUAGUAAGUAGUCAAUAUUUUAAUUACGUUUAUGAUUAUACUGAUAUUAGUGUUAUCUAAUAAAUUUGUUACCUAAUAUUGAUUUCACAGAUGCUGAUAAUCAAAAUAUACAAGAUGCUCCCGAGACCAAUGUGACCGAAGAAGACAUUACUGAAGAACAACUUGAGAAAACGGAAUGGUCGCAUGCAGCAGUAUUAUUUUUAAUAGAACAAUAUCGCGAAUACAAAAAAAAUUUCCAGAAGAAAAAUAGCAUCAAGAGACAUAUAUGGCUAAAAAUCUCUAAAAAUAUGCAACAACAGUCGUACAAAUAUUCAUCUGACCACAUCCAAAAUAAGCGGAAAAGAUUGUUAAGAACAUAUAAAUCCAUUAAAGACCACCAUGGUCAUACAGGAACGAAUAGGAAAAAUUGGCAGUAUUUUGAUUUAAUGGAUAAAUUGAUGCAUAAUAACCCAGCAGUCAUUCCUCCAGUAAUAGUGAGUAAUGGUAUUCUCGAAAAAACAACUUCUGAGGGCAUUAAAAUCACAGAAACUAAUCAACUAGAACAAUCUGAUACUUCUGAAGCCGAAAGAGAGAGUUUAGGACAAAGUAGUCCAACACCACCACCGAAAAGAAAGUGUACUACUGAUAACGUUACAGCAUUGCUUAAAACUGUUGUGGCUCAAUCACAAAAACAGCAUGAAGAGGAAAUGAAGGAACGGGUUAAAUUCAAUAACCUUCUGGAGAAACUGGUCAAUCAUGUUACUGGCGAAAAGUAAAUAAGGAGUCAAGUGCUUUUUUUUCUUUUUCUUAAUUAACAUUUCAUUUCUGAAUAGAUA